AAACAAGUCUGACUCGCAGAUGACCUUGCGGUGGGAGUUGUAAGCGAUGUCGAAUGUCGGGAUGAUUUCCAUGAAAAUGUCUGCUUCAUGGGAAGCUGAAAAGUCCUCAUCGAAUGCCAUUCCGAGACUCUGUAGCCUUAGUUUGGUGCAAAUAAUAUUGGAUAGGCCUAUUGAACCUGAAUGCCCAAACACAGGAUUUUAUGUAGUCGUUCGAAUGCGUGGUACAGCUCGUCGGGUUUUACGUUCGCCUGAGAUCACUCUUAUUUGUCCACGUGCUUCACAGCCACAAAAUGGGGUUGCAAACUUUCAUUCAAACAAUGUCCAACAUAAUCCGACUGAGAUCGGCUGCGGCGACUCAACCGGUCAGGGAGGAUGUUCUCUUUCCCUCAACACACCUGGAUCCUUAGUUGGCGGUGGCGUUUCGGUUCUUAUUGACUUCACGUGCAAUAUUCAGUAUUCACAUUUCCUGACUCGUGACUCUAAUACGCUUCAAAUUUUACUCCAACGUCGUAAAAAGUACAAAAGCAAAGCUGUGAAUUUAGGAUACAAGACACUUGCUUACUGUAAUGUCAGCCUUGCCCAAGUUUUACAACGUCGUAUCGAGAAUCGAUUUUUAGAUUUAUAUACCGAUCCAAAGUGUUCCACUCAUCCAAUUGGUAGAAUCGAAGUUUUAUACUUAUCAAGUUUACCUAUUGAAAAAGAUUUAUUAAACGGAAAGCGUAAAGUUGUAGAUGAAGAUGAAGAUUAUCCUAUACCAGAUGUUUAUAGUGAACAAGAGGAUUCAGAUCAUGUUGAAGAAAGUGAUGACGAUCAGAUAGCUGAGUGUGAAAUAGUUGGACAUAGUCGUCAAAAAAAGCUCGUUAAAGCUAUGUCUGUUGGUUGUGUAAAUCAAAAGCAAAUUAAGCAAAAAUUAAUUGGUUUACUGAAAAAAUUAAAAAUUAGUGAUCCUAAUGAGGUUGAUUUAGAUGUGGCUACAACAUCGAAAUUAUGGGAUGAAAUUGAUCGUAUAGCGACAGCUAGUGAUAUCGAAGAGGAUUCAGAUGCGGAAAGUUAUAAUUUAGUUUCGAUUCAGAGUACACCACGACCAACACUUCGACCUUUUUUCGCUACAGCCGGUAGCUCUGAUGAUACAUUGAGUGCCGAUGCUGGAGCGAAAUUGUUGAAACGCCUACAAAGAGAGUUACUUGCCCAAAGUGAAACUGAUACAUCACCGGAUACUGUACAUCUACGAUCUAUGCUAGCUUCAGUUGGUAAAUCGGUAAGCUUUCAAAACCCAUUCGGGAAAUCUUCUGGAAAGUCCGAUUUAUUACCUUUAGAGAGAUUUUCCGCACUACCAGGUUCACCUACGACAACAUUUACUGGUUCUGGACCUUUGCAUUCCACUGAUUCUUCACUCCUUCAACGAGGUGGUGGUCAUAUGAUGAGUUUAGCUGGUGGCCGAUUCGCCAAACGAUUUGCGCAUAUUCGACGACGAUCUAAUUCAAAGCAUAUUUUUGGAAUGCAUAGACCCAAUAAAUCUAACUACAACCAGGAAUCUGAAACGGUUAAUCAACGUGUAGAAAAUAUUACUAUGGAAAGUGAAUCGUCAGAUGAUCACUCUCCAACUGAUGGUGGAUUAGAUCCUUCUUGUUUAUCUUUAUCUCGUGGACAAGAUACAAUUUUUGACUAUUCCGCUUUACAUAAUUCUUCGGGAGAUUUCUCUCAAGCAAUAAACCCUACACUUUGUUCUACUCCAGAAACUAAUCGUUCGUAUAUAUUAGGCGAUAGAGGAAUUUCCGAUGGGAAUAUUGCUUAUGAUGAAAAGAAAAUUCAUGAGAAAACACCAACCAAUUGUAAUACAGAUUUCUCAACUAGUGAAAAUAAAUCUUUCGAAGCAUCAGCAAAUUCUUUUGGUACUUCUACGGAAAUGAAUCCGUCAAAUUUAGAAAAACUAGCAAGUGUCACAUUUAUUGUUGGUAGUUUCGAAAAAUCUGGAAAAAUUGUAUUUAGUCUACUAUCUGAAUUAAAUCUACGUUUAUUUAACGUAAAUUCACUCAUUGAAAUGCGUACAAUUUUCACACGUUUGGCUAAUGAAGCACAAAGCUAUACACGACGUAUAUCCGAUGGUGAUUAUAUUAAAAUUUGUAUACUCGGUGGAAAUUUAUUAAUUAAUCUUGUCUUACGUGCUUAUGUUGAUCAAUUAAGUUGUAGAUCUACAGAAUUGAUAACUGCUUUUCGAUUUUUCAUUAUACCAAUUGAUGGAUUAACUAGAUUUAUUCAUCAUUCAUCAGCAUUACAACAUCAACGAAGUCGGAACAAUCUAAUGAAGACUAAUCAGAUAUCAGAAGUUGGUAGUCAACAACGGCAGCAGCAUACAAUGGAUACACCAUGUAACACUGGAUGUAAUCAAUCUAAUCUGAAUGAUUAUUCUGAUCGUACUUCGCUACCAUCAAUUCAUGGAUCAAAUUACUUUAACAAUCUGUUUACGUUUCAUCUUUGUCAAAUUGAUCCAAUUUAUGGAAGCUUAUUUUCAGAAUUAUGCAAUGAGUCUGCUUCUGUCGAUGUUAAUUCUACGAUGAAUGAUUUAGAUUUGUUAGUGCUACGAUCUGAAUUGGUUAAUCGUAUUGUGAAAUAUUUAACAAAUGGUAGAAAUGUCCAUCCAUUUCCUAUUGGAUCAUGUCUUCUUGGCUCAUCAAAAAAUACUUCAACUAAUGUAAAUAAAAUGCAAAAAUCUCUAACUACAGACUGUACUAAUGCGAUGUCAAAUUUAUCUUCAACCAAUAUAAAUAUUGCAAAUCAGUCAGGUCAAGGAAUAACAGACCAAAAUGCUUGCUAUUCAGAUGGGAUUUCUUGUUCAGGUAAUAAUAAUAUUCAGAAUGAAGAAAUGGUUAUUCCAUUCAUUUUAAAUGUUCGUCUAGGCAAUUGUUCAACAUUAAAUUAUCCUGGCUUAUUGACAACUGUUCCAACACAGACUAAAUCUCAACACCAACAGCAGACUAGUCGAUCGUUUACUACCGAUCCAUCUUCUAAUUCAUUUAAUACAUCUACAGUAGUAACUAAUACAAGUACCGCUGACUUUGAUUUUAAAACACCUAGUGAUCCAGAACAAUCUUAUACUAAACGUAAUAUUAGUCCUGAAUCAGUUUCACAUAAUGCAACCAUAGCACCAAGAAUACGUCGAAACUUUUCACUAUCAUUUCGUUCACAUAAAACACUACUUAAACGAAAAUCUUCAUGGAGAAAUGGAUCUUUUAGAACUAAUAACAACAGGAAUAGUGCUAGUAGUAGUAUUACUACUACUACCGCUACUACACGUUUGUCUGAUAUUCUACCCGGGUACAUUAAACAUUUACAUUCUAUACUGCAUACGAUAAUAGUAAAUACCAUUUCUCUAACCAGCAAACUUUAUGCCUUGGUUUUGAGCUUAUUAUUUAGCUGAACCACAAACAGUAUAUUUACACAAUGCAUGUGUUACGAAGUUAACAAAGGUUUUGUCUCUGUAUUUAUGUGUGUUAUUUAUAGUAUUUUUUAUUCGAUUUACAACUAUUUUACACAAUUUAUUGUCCAUUAUUCUUCCACUCAUUUAUCUAAUACCUUGCUGGAAUAAUCAAUUUUAGUCUAAUUUCUGCAUGUAACACCUUCAAUAUUAUGAUGUUUGCCGUUAACUUGGCUUUCUUUUUUCAAACGUGGUUUCAUCAGUAUAUAUUUUUCUAUUUAGAGAGAACUAAGACACACAACGUAUAGUUCCUGGUGUAUGUGAGAAAUUUACUUGUUAUGUGUUUGUAUAAACACCUAUUAAAAUAACCUAUAUAUUUUUAAACUUUUAUGAGAAAUUUCUUCACAUAUACUCUUAUCGUGAAAUAAACUAGUUUUUAAGCUAGAAUAAUAACAGUGGAUAACAAUAAAAUGUCUACAGUACAACCCGUUAAUCAGUUUCCGAACGUGAAAAACUAUAUAACAAUUACCACCUUAUUGUUCUGUGUAUCUUUAUUUUGACCUAUCAUUAGUGAACAAGAUCAUUCAAUUUUCUUAACACAUUAGUUGGUUUUUUAUUGUAAAAUGAUCUACAAUUUAAAAAUGUGUGAAAAUUCCUUCGUAUGUUGGUACUGUGUGGGCAUGUGUGUAUAUAUCAAUUCGAAAAUAUUUUUCAAGGUGAAAAUUCUCAUGUUUUAGGGAUAAUAUACAUUUCUAUAUGAAUAUAAAAUCACAAUCCGAUCAAAGUUGGACAACGAUUGAAAACCUGGAGGCACUAGACGGCCAUUUCAUUGCAGUGUGAGACUUCUCAGUGGUGCACAUCGGCGACCCCACAAGUGGGGAUGAAACCCAUGGCCUUCGGUCUCGCAAACAGAUGCUUAACCUCUAGACCAUUGAACUGGCACCCUGUAGUGUUAAUGUCUAACUACAAUCAAUCCACGAUAUUGCGCGACCACCCGACAUGGGUUAGCUCCACAGUUUCUCACUAGAACUCAGGAAAUGUCUUUUUUUAGCUGGUCACUAAUGAGCUGAGCUCAUGAUAAUUGUCUUUAUGUGUUGUGGAGAUUGUUGAUUAACAAUAAAAUCAUGAGUUGGUCAAACUCAGAAAACCUGUGAAAACCUAGAUGUUCACUUCUGAGAAGCCCCAUGCUAGGAUGAAACGUCCAUCCGGUGCCUUCAGGUUUUCACUGAUUGUCUAACUUUGAUCGACUCGUGAUUGUGUUUUUAAUUAAAAACCCUCACAAGCCCAUUGCGGCAACAUAAAGAUAGAUUCAAUUAAACAUGGAUUACUUGACACGUUUCUGUUAUAAUUUUGUUCUUCAAAUUAAAUAAUGAUAAUAAUUAAACAUUAACAAUUUUCCGUGGAAUAGAUUAUAAAUCUGUUUCAGAUAGUUAAAGGUAAUUGCUAUGAAAACCUUGGACCAGAGUUUCGCACUUCUCGGUAGCAAUCAUCGAGAAUCAUCUUCAUUCUUGAUUGAUAUGAUACUAUUGUAGGGAUUUAACUUUGUUUUACUGUGUACCGUAUUCAAGGGUCUGAAUAAUCGACGACAGUAACCUUAAUUUCAGAUGUCUUAACUGAAUGACAUUUUUGGAAACUUGAUAAAUAUACGAAUACUGAUUAAUAUACUAAUAAAUAAGCAACGCGGAUAAGAUUGAUUAAAAUUAAAUUCUCGAAAAUGAAUGUCGGUGUAACUUAUUUAUCAAGCAUGUGUUAAUGUACGCGACUUUGCCCCACAUCUUGUAUCAGUAUGUGUGCCAUCAGUAGUUCAACUACUCAAAUUGAAAUAUGUAUGCGUCUCGGAGAGAGGUCAAAUGUAUGAUCUAAUAGUUCAAAGUCAUGAUUCAACUGUUAAAUUCUGAUUUUUAUUACGAAAAUCAAUAGUCGACUUUCAUUCUGUUUAUCAGUGGUGUGCAAACUAACAAACUCAUAUGUUUACUUUUAAUUUUGUCAUAAUAUUUAUAUAGAUGAUUAUUUCUGACUUACCAAAUGUAAACGAAGUCAUUAUAUCAACGUGUAUUUGUGUUUGUUAAAUUAAGUUUUGCCUAAUUAAUUAGUUGUUUCUUUUAUGUCAUUGUCUUUCUACUUGUCUUUUUGUAUAAUGUAUGACGUAUUUUUAAUAUAUUUCGUUUCUCUAGGGAAUGUGUUUUAUGCAUUUGAAUUUCAUUCGUACCAUUUAUUUUUACACGUUUCCUCAUUCAAAUAACUACGGAGAUUUAAAUAUUUCAUAGAGCAUUACACCAGUCUUUUAUCCGAAGAAAACCACCUAAAUAUACGUAUAUUUCCUUCUUAAUAAAACAAUUGAAACCAUAGAAAUAUUUUUAAUUUGCGGGCCUUUUUACUUCAUUUAUAAUAAUUGAUUUGAUGAACAUUGCGAUCAUAUAAUCACUUAAGGUUUCUAAUCAUGCCCAGUAAUAGUUAAUGCUAAAUAUUCACAAUGGCGUCGGUGUAUACACUCCCUGUCUUCCCUUAAACUAAGAGACUAAAAUCACUUCAUUCUUUCUGUCUACGAACUAAUUCUUUCUUCCUAUACUAUAUCCUUAUUGCAACCUUUGACCUAACCACUCCUAUGAAUCCGCUGUUCAUCUUGCUGUGCUAAUGAGGUAUGGCAACCUGGACCGAUGCACAUAUGUGCCUGGUCCUACGUUGUAGCUGACUGACUGACUGAUAUUACGUGUUUUUAUUUAUUAUUUCUCAUUUAAACAAAGUUUAUUACUUUGGAUAUUUUAGUUUUAGUUUGACUGAAUUUCCAUUAAAGUUACAAAAAUGAAUUGAAAAAAAAGAAACUGAUUACAGGAAUUCAUUCAUAUGAUACAUUAGACAUAAUUCUAUCGUAUUGUUACGCAGAGAUUGAUCAAGAUGUUUUCUGAUUAUUUUAUGUGUCAUUCAAUAGUUAGUACAUACAGUCAAAAAAGAUUUUUGAAUAUAGAUGAACUUUCUAUCCGUGAUUUAACAAACUAUUUGGAUCUUGUCGAAUUUUAUGCGUGUGUGUGUGUUUAUGUUGAAACGUUGUGAUAAUUAUGUACAAAAGCAAUCUAUAAUUUAUAUUCCUUGUAUAUAUAUCAUUUUAACAUUGAGCGCGCUACAUCGAUAUUGUUAAGAAUCACUGAAUGUUCAAAGGUCUUUCUGUUUUGCAAAGUAUAUUAGAAUACCGUAUCUUUCAUACGUGGAGUCUAAUAAAUAUACACUUUUUAGGACUCUUCAUUUACCCUAAAUUCAUGUCUCCGAAAUGUUGCUUCACAAUAAUAUCGAGGAUUUUUAUAGGUUACAGCUUUAUGUUCAAUAUUAUGACUGGUUUUCAGCCAUUUUACUAACAGUUUCCUCCUAGUAAUUCUUAUUAUUUUGGAAAUCCAAGGCAGUAAACACACUGAAUAAUACAUAAAGUUAUUUUCUCAUGAUAAAUUCGAAUAAGACCUUAUCACAUAAAGUGGGCCUCGUCGGUUGAGACUUGUAAUAAUUUUAUAAUAUUGAUUUUGAGAGUUUGGAGGCAAGAUACUCUGAAUCCAGUUCUCUUGCUAUUCAAGGCUUGUUAGCAGGGGAUAUUUGCAAUCACCAAAGGAAUUGGUGCUUCCUACAUCAUGUGAGCCAUUGUCAAGGAAAUGAUGGAUUGUUAUUAACUGACUCCAAACACCUAGUAGCAACGCAUAGUGCACUUGAUUUCGAGUCACUUAGACCAACGGUCACAUUGUAACUUGGCCGAUAAAAUUUGAUUACUGCCGAAACUCAACACUGGUUAUUACUUAAUGGAACAAUUAAGACAUUUCACCAACAUUAUUUUUUGCAAAACACUUGACACGUUCUUGUAGCUGCUAAUUUGUUUACUAAAAUUAUAUUUUUUUCGUCGCACUUUCUAUUCAUGUUACUUUGAAUCAUAAUAUGUGUGUGCAGCUUUUUAACAAUAUGCAAGUGAUAUUCUAUUUUCCUUUACAUGACUUAACUAUGUUUGACUUUGCUGCUUUUUAUUACAAAUAUUUUUUAAAUUAAUCUACUAAAUACUUCAUAAUGCGCAUUAAUAAAAUCCUAACAAUGAAUUUUAAUGUUAAUUCAUACUUCUUUCCAAGUUACUAUUAACUACUCCAUUUAUUAAUAUUAUUUUGGCAAAUAUAGAUCACAUUCUUCUACUCAAAGAAGUGGUCAGUCACCAAUAUUCGGUUCCGAUCGACGCCUUUGGGAUAUUCAAAUAGAGUACUGGUCGAUACCUAGUCAGACUACAACAAUAAGUAGCAGUAGUCAAAUUACUUCAAUGUCCU